UGGUCUCGGCCGCGCGCCCUGCGGGCUGAGGCGACCGGCGGCCGUUGGCGCGGCUUGGGCGGUUGUCUUGGAGAAGCAAGAUGGCGGCGACGGCUGCCGCGGUGGUGGCGGAGGAGGACACGGAGCUGCGGGACCUGCUGGUGCAGACGCUGGAGAACAGCGGCGUCCUGAACCGCAUCAAGGCUGAACUCCGGGCAGCUGUGUUUUUAGCACUAGAGGAGCAAGAAAAAGUAGAGAACAAAGCUCCUUUAGUUAAUGAGAGCCUGAAAAAGUUUUUAAAUACAAAAGACGGCCGGCUGGUGGCCAGUCUCGUUGCCGAAUUUCUUCAGUUUUUUAAUCUUGACUUUACCUUGGCAGUUUUUCAGCCUGAAACUAGCACAUUUCAAGGUCUUGAAGGUCGAGAGAAUUUAGCCCGAGAUUUAGGAAUUAUUGAAGCCGAAGGUACUGUGGGUGGACCCUUAUUAUUAGAAGUGGUCAGACGCUGUCAACAGAAAGAAAAAGGGUCAACCAGUGGGGAAGGUGCACUGGACCUGUCUGAUAUACAUUCUCCGCCAAAGUCACCAGAAGGAAAAACAGGUGCACACACUCCUCCCAGUAAGAUACCAAGGUAUAGAGGACAAGGUAAGAAGAAGACAAGCGGGCAGCAGUCUGGUGCCAAGAAGGCCAGCAAUGAUGCCAGUCACAGCGAUACCAGUAUCUCAUCAUCAGAGCCAAAGAGCAGAAGUAGUCUUCACUUACUGGCCCAUGAAGCUAAAAUCGGGUCCUUGUUAGGCAACAACAGUCUCGAUGUCAACGCCAAAGCGGGUCCCGGUCCAGAUGAAGAUGACCUGGAAGGGGAUUCUUUCUUUGAUGACCCUGUUCCUAAACCAGAAGCAGCGUACGGUUGGAGAAGUGAACCCAGUAAGCAAGCAGGAAGCCUUGCAUCGCUCUCUGAUGCGCCCCCCCUAAAAAGUGGACUCAGCUCCCUUGCUGGAGCCCCUUCAUUGAAAGAGUCUGAAAGUAAAAGGGGAAACCCAAUUCUAAAAGAUGUUAAAUUGGUCAAUGAUAAAAUUGGAUCACUUGGAUUAGGGAGUGGAGAAGAAGAUGACUAUGUUGAUGAUUUUAAUAGCACCAGCCAUCGCUCAGAGAAGAGUGAGCUGAGUAUUGGGGAAGAGAUUGAGGAGGACUUCUCUGUGGAAAUGGAUGACGCCAACACCAGUGAUAAACUGGAGGACCUGACGCAGGACCUGACCGUGUCGCAGCUCAGUGACGUCGCCGACUACCUGGAAGAUGUGGCCUAGGCCCGCGCGGCAGGGCGCUGUCGGCAGAGGACGGGACUCGGGUCAGUUCCCUCCAGACAGUCGCUCUUUGCUGGAAUGUCUGCUCCCUGUUGAUGCCUUGUGUUUCAAAGGAUUACAGAUAUUUUAAAAAAUUAACUUUUCAUUAUACUAAACAAAAUAAUUCCUAUUUGAGCCCAUGUGUGGAAGAUUUAAUAUUCCUAAUUUGGUCUAGGUACAUGCUUCUCUAUGAAAGUUGAUUAGGCUCAAAUUUACCACAAGGAGGGAGCCGGUACAGUGCUGGCCUUAAGCGCAUCGCGAAGGCGGCACUAGAGCUGUGGGUUCACGGCUCCACGUGCCUGCCUGCCUGCGGCCGGCACCAGGGCUCAGGCAUUCGGCAGCAGGAGGGGCGUCUGCAGUCGGAGGGGGCGGUGGUGGGUGGUUCCACAGCGAGCUGGCCCGUGGCCUGGAAGAUCUGCAGCCUGGAGCCUGUAAGUUACACUUGAUAGGUUGACUUGGCUUUGCAUUUCCUUCCGUUUGGGAGGUUUGUUAGACCAUUAAGGUUAUAUUAAAAUCCUUGUGUGUGUCCGUCUUAGUUUUGCUCGUUUUAAAGAUUUAAAAUCUGGAGGUGCUUGUGAUUUUUUAUUUGUGGAAUUGUCCCUGAUGAAUUUGAGGUCACCAUCCUGGGUCUGUGUAAGCAGUUUUAUUCACAGGUUCUCCUCAUUGCAGUUAUUUGUAAAGAUGCUUUGAAACAUAUUAAAUACCAAAAUGCAUCUGAAACCAUGAAGUAGUGCUUUCAUUUCAGAUCUGUAAGUUGGUUGUAUUUAAAUCCAUUGGACUGACCCUGGUCAUGGCCUAAGACCAGACCCAGACAACCAGCUCUCCACACUGCACAGUCUCACUGGGGCCCUCGGGGUCGCGCCAGGGGUGGAGUCUGGGGCAGUUCGCUGUGUCUGUCCCCACGCUGCUGUCUGCAUAGGUGCGGACCCCCAUGGUCCUGAGUGUUACAGAGAACUGCGGAAGUGAGGCGUGCUUGUUCGUAAGCACAGCUGUGACCGAGGGUUAAAUUCUGUACUUUUUAAUUUCAAUUAAAACUUUUUAUUAAGA